GCAUUCACCAGAGAAGAGACCAUCAAAACAGAAGUUGCAAUCUUCAUCAUUUGUCAACCCUUUAGACAUAACCCUCGAUUGCACAUUCUCGGAUACCGAUGAGAGCUUGACAGAUGAUCCUGACUAUGAACCCAGCUUUGCUUUGACUGCAGUUCUCAGGGUUAGACACUAACAUUUUUCACAAGGUAGUCCCUCGGACUACUGGAUCCAAAAUCUGGGUAGUCCAGCAAAAACUCUGGUAGUCCAUAAAAAUGAAAGCCUUCAGUGUUUUGUGAGACUUAGCCUUCUUAGAACAUUGUCAGUAUAACCCUUUGAUUGGUCAUGAUUUUUAUCUGUCUCAAUCUUAAAAUUUCCACAUUCUUCAAAACAAUUUUUGGCCUUUAAAUUUAAUUUUAAAACCUAAAAAAUGCUAAAAACUAUGCUAAAAUACCUCAGAUUAAAAAUCUAAAAACCAUGCUAAAAUACCCCAUAAUCUGUCACUUUCAGGAAAAUGUUGCAAUAAAUCACUUGACACUAAAACACCUCGACUGAGAUCGUUGCUAAGUUAUGGCACAAAUGACAGACAUCUUACUGAUAAGCAAUAUUUGAUUAUUGGUAUCCUACUAUUGAGUAUUCUUUGUUAAUCUAAACAACAUAUCAUAUAAUACUUAAUAAAACAUGAUGAAAUAAAUUCCGAAAGUGUUAUUAAUUAUUUUUUGUAUGGGAGUAAGAUAACAAUUAACAUGACGCUGCCUGUCACUCAAACUAGCGUCCAGAUUAGGCAGGGCUUAUCAGUUGCCGUUGCUAUCCGCCAUGACCUCCGACAAUCCUCACAUAUCAACAGUAGUGUAAUUACGCUGUUAUAUAUAUUUAACACAAAUUAUGUCUCAUAAUUGAGAGAUAGUAAAGACAGUUUAAGAAAUCCGAAAUACUGACAUUUUCCCUUUAUGCUGCGAAAAUUAUAAUUGAUAACAAGGUACUGUUUAGUAGACUAAUUCAAUUCUCAAAAUUUCUUAAUGUAAACGUACAUAAUAUACGUAUAUUUCCGUUUUAAUAGCCUUAAAAUAAUAAAUAUCAUUAUGAGAAUUCUUGUACAAUAUUGAUGAUAUCUUGGGAUUUAGUUUGAUUUUGAAAUUUGUCUCCUUAUUGUGCGAAGAGGUUUAAAACCGAGGUAUAUACAUUUGCAUUUAAGUUUGUUUGACAUAUUAGUGAAAAAGACACCUCAAUUUAUGUGAGUUACAUUUUUUAUUAAAUUUAAUUAAAUAUUUGAUAUAUAGCUUAAGGUCACAAAAAGUAUAUACGUAUAGAUAAAACAAAAUCAUAUUUUAAAAAGACGCAAAUCAAAGUAAAAACCUUUGCAUGUAUAAUGACUAUGGUCGUUUCAAAAUUUCUAUGCUGAUUGUUAGAACAGUUUUGCAUUUCAUUUAAAACGGGAAUUUAUUCAUUGAGAGAAACAAUAAGGUAGUUAUAUAAAUAAUGAUAAUAAUGCAUUACACUAGUAUAAAACAGGUGAUUCUGAAUCGAAAAAGGAAGAAAAACAGCGAAAUCCGUUAAGUUUUGACAAUGGAUCUAUACAAACAUCUUUUUUUGUUGAUUUUCGGAUAGGAAAUUAAUACAUGUUUUGUUUCCCUUUAUUUGAGUUUUAAAAUAGAGACUGUUAUUGUACUGUAACAAAAUUCCGAUGUUAUUUAGAAAUAAAUUAUUUUAAAGCCUAGACAUUUUUCUACCUGAAUUAUACAUUGCAUACAAUUAAUAAUAAUGAACUUAUUUAAUGUUAUACUUGGUUUUAUUGCUAUGUUUUACCAUGUUCCAUGCAUUUUUUAUCUGAUUGUCAUUUAUAACUUUUGAAUUAUUAUCGUCUGCUUCUGGGUAUUUUUCGGAGGUCCUAAAUUAAGAGGUCAUGUGACACUGUAGGUGUAGCCUUAUCGCUAUCGGCGUGGUGUUAAUUGUUAUUUGCCCUAGCUUCAAAGUAUAAAUGUUACAUUUUGGCGCGAAAAUUAAAGCACACAACUCUGUCAUCGUCUGCACUUACACUGCAUUAUACCUGUUUUGGCAGUAUGAUUAAUUUAUCAGCUGUUCUUCUAAAAGCCAGUUUGAAAGAUAUCAUAAGCCAGACAUAAUGUUCCUUCUGUUUGCUUUAAAUAAACACCGACAUUUGGCAAUACCCUAAACCAUAAUAAUUAUGACGUAUUUUCAGAAAAUCUAAAAAUAGUAAAAACCUUCAAGUGUUUAUCUGCAUCGUAUCUUUCAUUGUUUUUGACUGAAAAUGCAAGGGAUUUAGAAAAUCUGCCACUUGGACCCAAAUCUACCUUGCUGACAUUUAAGCAGAGGUGCACAUGUCUGACGAUUAAAACACACCAUAGAGUGUGAAAAUGGUUUUUCCCUUUCUAAAUAAAGACAUUCUACUGACUGGUUUAAACAUUAAUCGAAAGGCUAUACGAAAUGCGCGCGAAAUUCAGUUAACAGUCCAUGUUGUCCGGAACUGCUUGGCCAUCCUCGGCAAGCUUUACAAUGAGUGUUUACCGGUGAUAAUCGGCUUCUUGACAUCAAAUUUUACGCAAGUUUAAGCGUAAUAAAGAUUUUAUGCUCAAUUAACUGAUGUGAUAUUUACUUUCUUUUAGAAGUCCGACGGACUAUUGACUUAAAAUGUCUUGUAGUCCGACCAUAAAUCUGGUAGUCUCGGACUACCGGACUACUGUUAGUGUCGAACCCUGUUCAGCCCUCCUUAUUUGAAGGAUUGUCCAGAUGUCUCGUAUGAAGAAAUUGAGCUUGACAGGGAUAUUGUGGAGAUGGUUGAAGACAGCGAUGAAGAAGAUCUGACUGAUCUGGUUGAUGGAGUUAAUCACAUAAAAUCAGAUGGUGACAUUGGUGUUUUAUGUGAAGAUGAUACUUUGCUCGUUUUCAUGGACCAGCUGAAGAUUCUAGCCAGCAGAGCAGUGCCAGCAUGCAGAUCCUGUAAAUCGCAUGAGGUGGAGAUUAAAGACACCUACAAGGGAUCAGCUGUCUAUCUUGAAUGGGUUUGUAAAGAGGGUCACAGCAAUGGCCGAUGGUGUUCCCAGCCCCUUCUGAAUCGCAGAGUGCACAGUGGCGACUUCCUGAUAUCUGCCACUACAGUUUUGUCAGGGAACAACUUCAGCAAACUGAAGCUUUGGGCUGAUAUGCUAAAGUUAAAGUUUCCUUCAGAACAACAGUUCUUCCGUGUUCAGGGAGCUUACUUGGUACCAACAGUUGACAGUUACUGGCAAGAACAUCAACAGGAUCUAAUACAGUCAUUUCAUGGCCAAGAUGUCAUAGUUCUUGGAGAUGGAUGUAAUGACAGCCCAGGCCAUUGUGCCCAGUACUGCUCCUACACCUUGAUGGAGAAUGAUUCCAAGAAAAUUCUAACCUUGAAGACCAUGGACAAACGUGAAACUGAUAGGAAAUCUGCUGCCAUGGAGAAAAAAGCACUGAAAGCCUGCCUUGAAGAGCUGCUGGACAAAGAUGUUUGUGUAAAGGAGUUGGUGACUGAUGGACAUUUGGGAAUCACUGCCAUGAUGAGUACAGAUAACAAAGAGCAGAAGGGUAUUUUCCACUCGCAUGAUAUUUGGCAUGUGGCCAAAAAUUUAGGCAAAAAGCUGACGAAGCUCUCUCUGAAGAAGGACAACCGCAUCCUGAGAGAUUGGAUCAAAGACAUAGUGAACCAUUUCUGGUAUGCAUGCAAGGUUGCGGAAACUGAGGCCCAGUUUAAGGGAAUAUGGGUGAGUGUGCUACACCAUGUCACAGAUGAGCACGAAUGGCUCAUAUCUUAUGGGGAUGAUGGCUGUAAUGAAUGCCACCACGGUCCACUGGCUGCAGAAGAUCGUGACAAGCCAUGGCUGCACAGGAUCAAAAAUUCUGCAGUUCUGAAGGACCUUUCUUCUGUGGUGAUGGACAAACGUCUACUAAAGAAAGUUGCCUACUAUCUGAAGUUCAGAAGCACUGCAGAACUGGAAGGCUUUCACCAACAUCUUUUGAUGUAUUGUGCAAAGCGCUUCGCCUACACACCACCUGUGUACCGAAUGAGAAAUUUGUUAGCUGCACUGAAUCAUAACCUGCAUCAGGAUCGCUCAGUACAAUUCAACAAAAAUGGAUCAAUGAGAUUGAGACGGGUAUUUAACAAAAAAAGCGGUCGAUGGUCAGUGUAUCCAGUUAAAGAACAAAAAAAAAACCAAUAUAUAAGGACAAUGCUGAAAAGGGCUUUGAGGCUGAGACUGGAUGACCGGGUUGGGAUGAGCCAGAAAAGGGUGCUGAAGGAGGGGGACCCCAGGCGGAUUUCAAAGAAUCUGGCCCCAUUAUCCCCUAAGGCCACAAAGGAGAUCGUUCUAGAGCAGAAGUCACGCUUUAAGUGAAGACAAUGAACAUAUGAUGUUUUGAGGCAAUGACGAAAAGGGCAGGAAGUGUAGACAUAGAUAAUCGUGCGGACAGAAUCUGAACCUGAAUUUAGUUUUUACUAAGAGACAAUUAUAGUUAUUGCUUUUUGAUCUCAUUUUUAUAUUGCGCAAUCAAUACCAGUAUUUACAUUAUGUUCAAACUGAUAUAAACAGUUGUACCACCCCAAUCUUGAAAGCUUCAAAGAAUGUGAAGUGGCAAGAUGUUCCGGAAUCGUGUUACAUAUACAUGCUAGGAAAAAGAAAUAUAGAUGAUUGUAGUUGCAGAUAUCACUUUUUUACAACAUUUAGAAAUUGUUAAUUCAUAAAAAGUCAGGUUUUUUUACGCAUGUAAUCUGCGUGACUAAGUGAUAUACAUACUUACAUUGCCGUUAUAGGACGUACUUAAUAAUACUGAACGCCUUGUCAUAUAAAACUAUCUUUGUUACACGAAAUCACGAACAAUGAUCGAAUGUUAAGGGUGUAUAUCUGAACAAUUCGGUAUAGCAGUUUUAGAUAAUAACUAUUGCAAAGGAGUCUAAUUUUUCAUGCUUUGAGUCACAUUCACCGGUAAGGAGUGCAGGUUUUAGAAGCUGUUCACGUUAUAGAAAGUGUAAAGUCGUCUUGCACGGAAAGAUUUGGAUAUCGUCCAGUAGGUAGUAAAGAUAUGUCCAAUUGUGGAUCAAACAACAAACACAGUUUAUAGGGAAUAACAUGUUCUUUCACACGUAACAAGUCAACAUACUGAAAAUACACAAUGGAAUAGUAAUACGUGCAUAGUUAUAUAUUUUACUAUUUAACAAUCACUUACAUAUUUAUAAAUUACUGAAGUAAGUUAUUGACCAGUGACCGUUAACAAUGAUUAAAUGAUAACGAGUACAACAUGACCUAACAUAACACAAUAAACACAGACAGGCGUCUGCAGCAAAAUGUCCGUCAAAGUUGUUGGGCCAUCAGACUGUCUAUAUUCUGCAAUAUGCCAGAAUUCACAAACCCUUCAAGGUUUUAUAUCAUUGUAUCUCCUAGGCAUGGUACUACGCCAUUUUCGAUAUAGUAUCCGUAUAUGUAUGGUUAUGUUCAUUGUUAUGAAGAUCUUCUUAUAUCAGAGUGUGGUUUGUCUUCUUAAUCUUCAUUUCUCUCUUAUAAUCCUCUGCGUCUCAGCUAGACCUUUGGUUAUGCUUUGUCUUUCAGAUUUUCUCGUUCUUGAUCUGAUUCUAGAUAGAAAUUGUAGCUAACUGUUAUGUCUUUUACAUUAUCGUACUACUGAUCUUCUUCUUCAUGGUCUGGUCUUAUCUGAUUUUUGUCUUCUUCUAGAAUUGUAACUACAUUCUGACGUUCGAGUUCUUUAGUUCGUCUCUGUUUUGGAGUUUUAUCUACUGUAAUUCCUGGUUCUUUUCAGUUGUUACAUAAGGUAAUUUCGUUUUAAUUUUAAGUUAGUCCUUUUACCCAUUGUUCCUUUUCUUUCCUUUAGAUAAUUAUGGCGUUCAUUCUUUUGAACAGCGUGCUCAAGGGACUCAGUUUCGAGUGUUUGGUUUUAUCUCUGGUAAAGCUGUUUUUUUAUUGCUACCUGCUUCAUUGUCUACUUUUUCUAAAAACAUAUUAAUAUCCCGUUCAGUUCCUGUAAGCUGACGGACGUCCCCAUUUCUAUGUAUUGGAAGCUUACUUCAUCACCUAAAUCCGAUUCUUCUUCUGUGACGUCACAGUUUUUCUUGAAGUUUCCUUUCUCUACUCUCUCUUCAGCCUUUACAUCGCCAUUAUUCACGGUCGAUGCAUCUUAAGACUUUCCAGUUUCAUUCUCGUAAUAAACUAGAACUGGUUUUAUAGGCAAUGCAUUCCCUCUUUUAGUCUUCCCGCUUGUAAUCUUGAAUACAGGAGUUUCCUCUCUCGGUAGCUCAAUUACAUCUUAAACUUUAUUUCCAAUCUUUUGUUUGCCUUUCUGGACUUAUAUCAUUUAUAAGAAUCUAGAACCAAGUUUGGUCUUCACCGCUUUUGCUAUUGCGUCGUGGUUCAUUUUCAGCUUGCUCUUGGCUUUCCAUGUGUUCUACAAAACUAUUUUACUUGUUGUUUUUUCGCAUCAUGUCUUUUAUCUGAGCAAUAUAUUUUCUGGUAUGUGGAAUACAGCAUAUCGACAGAGAACGGUAGUCUUUAGUUUACAUAAUCUUAGCCAUGUUGAAGACCCAGUGCCAUAAAACCGGGUUUAUGUUUGAACUUUUUUGCUACUAAGCUUGUUUCUGUAGUGUUUUCGCAUAAGUAUACACGGUUAACAAUGUUUGUGGUGAUAACUAGCUGCAAAAUGAUAAAAAAAACUAUGGUAAACGUUUUGAGACGAUACACUUGAAUUUUGUAAAGGGUAUAAAAUGAAGUUUAUUGUA